AUGGCCGCGCCAUUGUACACCACUCAGUCCGGCAGGCUUUGGCAUGCCGGUCAGAUUCUCGUAGCGACGGUCGGAUUGCCCGCGCGCGGCAAGACGCACCUCGCCCAUGCCAUCCAGCGCUACCUGUUUUGGCUCGGCGUAAAGUGCAAGGUGUUUAACCUCGCGAAUGUGCGCCGCGACGUGCUCGGACCGGUCGAGGACCUGCCGAGCGAUUACUUUGGCACGGGACCCAAGUCGGACGAGACCGCUGCAAAGAAGAAGCAGGUCCAGGCGCAGGUCAAGCACAAGAUUGAAGAGUUCUUUGAACAGGGCGGCCAGGUCGCCGUCUACGACGCAAAUAACAGCAACCAGAAGCAGCGCGAUGAGAUCCGGAAGCACUUUUCGGAGCGCAAAGUGCAGAUCAUGUUUAUUGAAUGCCUGUGCGACGACGACGAAAUGAUCUCGCGCAACAUCCGCUCCGUCUUCCACUACUCGCCGGAUUACGUCGGCUGGGACCUGUGCGAGGUCAUGCGCUCGUUCCACAAGCGCAUCGAGCAGCACGAGAUCGAGUACGAGCCCAUCACCGAUCCCUCGUUUCCCCACGUCCAGCUGCUCAACCUCGGCGAGCGGAUCGUGGUGAACAACGUGGGGGGGUAUCUGCAGAACAGGAUCGUCUUCUUUCUCAUGAACAUCCACAACCGCGACCGGACGAUCUACUUUGCGCGCGCGGGCGAGGCCCUGAUCGAGCACUCGUACAAGGCGGACGCCGAGCUCUCGUCGCUCGGCGCGGAAUACUCCAAGUGCCUCUCCGAGUUUGUGCACUCGCUGCGCGAGAACAAGCUGCACCCAGACGACCAAAAUUCGGCGCUGUCGCAGCGCCACACCAUCUCCUGGAUAUCGGACCAGUCGAGCCAGCCCAUGUCGCCGAUGCCGGGCAACGCGGGCCGCAAGCUGAACGUGUGGUGCUCGACGCGCAAGCGCUCCGUGCUCACCGCCGCACCGUUCCGCGAGCGGGGGUGCAAGGUGUUUGAGCAGACGCGCCUCUGCGAGAUGAACCCGGGCGUGGUUGACGGCAUGAGCUUGGAAGAGAUUCUGCAGCGCUUCCCAGACAGCGUCGAGACUAAGGAGCGUGACCCGUACAGCUUCCGCUUUCCGCGCGCAGAGAGCUACCACGACCUCGCGAUCCGCCUCGAGCCGGUGAUCUUUGAGCUGGAGCGUACGCGCCAGGACGUGCUCAUCAUCGGACAGUCGUCCGUGCUGCGCUGCCUCAUUGCCUACUUGCAGGGAAACAAGCCCUCGGAAAUUCCCUUCAUCCAGGUGCGCGAGGGCGACCUGGUCGAAAUCACGCCGCAGGCGUUUGGCGUCUCGUCGCGCGUCUACUCUUUCUGGGACCCCGAAAAGAAGCGCGAGGAACGCGACAUUGAGUUUGCGAUGCGCGCCACCGCGGCACUCGCACAGCAGACCGAGGAGGUGGACGCGGCCGAGGCGAGCCCGGAACUCGACCAGAUCGCGCACCAGACCGCCGACGUUGCCCGCAACUUGUAG